AUGGCUCAAUCAUCAUUUUCGCGGCUGUUCCUGUGUUGCCUGUACUUGUUCACCUUUGCUGGCGCUGGGCUUGUAAGACUCGAAAACAAUGGCCUCCCUGAGCCGAGAGAUCAAUUGCCAGACCUGGUAACAUGGGACAAAUAUUCGCUCUCGAUUCGCGGAGAGCGUCUCUUUAUAUUCUCGGGCGAAUUCCACCCCUGGCGUCUACCCAGCCCGGGACUAUGGCUCGACGUCUUUCAAAAGAUCAAAGCCAUGGGCUUCAACGCCGUGUCGUUUUACACGUACUGGGGACUAGUAGAGGGCACGCCCGGGGCGGUGCGCUUUGACGGCGUCUUUGCCCUCGAGCCCUUUUUCGCCGCCGCCGCCGAGGCCGGCAUCUACCUGAUUGCCCGGCCGGGCCCGUACAUCAACGCCGAGACGGCGCUGGGCGGGUAUCCCGGUUGGACGGCGCGGAUCCGGGCCCCGCUGCGCGGCGACGAUGCCGAGUUCGUCGACGCCACCGAGGCCUAUGCCGCCGAGGUCGGGCGGCUCAUUGCCGAGGCGCAGAUUACGAGGGGCGGCCCCGUGGUGCUGCUCCAGCCCGAGAAUGAGUACGAUACGUGGCCCGGUGUUAAUAAUUCUGAUUUUCCGGCGCAGCUGAAUCGGAACUACAUGGAGCACGUCAAGCAGCAGUUCAAGGAUGCCGGCGUCGUGGUGCCGCAAAUGGUGAAUGAUCAUCUCAAUCAGGGAAACUGGGCCCCGGGGAGUGGGCUGGGAGAGACGGACUUGUACGGAAUCGAUGCGUACCCGAUGCGAUAUGAUUGUGCACACCCGGAUGUCUGGCCGAAGAUUAGGUGGCCUGAAGGAUGGCAAACCUCGCACCAACAGUACAGUCCAAACACUCCGUUCUUUGUCGCCGAAUUUCAGGGAGGGUCGGGCACUGGAUGGGGGUCCGUCAACCAAGACUACUGCAACGCUUUGGUGAAUCAAGAAUCCGUGAGGGUCUUGUGGAAGAACAAUUAUAGCUUUGCCAUCAAGCUGUUCAACAUUUACAUGACUUACGGAGGUACCAACUGGGGUAAUCUUGGCUUCCGAGGCGGCGACAGUUCCUACGACUACGGCGCCGCGAUCAAGGAGAACCGACAUGUAUGGAGGGAAAAGUACUCGGAAUCGAAACUCGAGGCCAAUUUCUUCAAGGUCUCUCCAGCAUACUUGACCUCUGUGGCAGGCAACGCUUCCAAUGGAUCUUACGUGUCGACUGACCAGAUUGCCACGACACCAGUCUUUGGGACAGACGCGCCGACGAAUUUCUACGUCAUUCGACACGCAGAUUGGACGUCUCUGAACACGACAAACUAUAAACUCAUCGUACCUACCAGUAUUGGCAACAUUUCGAUACCGCAGCUCGGAGGAGAAUUGACGCUCUCGCGAAGAGAUUCCAAGAUCCAUGUGACGGACUAUGAUGUCGGCGGUGUGACUCUGAUUUACAGUACUGCUGAAAUCUUUACCUGGGCGCAAAACCAGGGCGGCAAGAGAAUUUUGAUCCUCUACGGCGGAGAGGGCGAAUUGCAUGAGAUUGCCCUUGACUUUUCCAACCUCGAUCGCGUACCAAUCUGUACAACAGAUACAACGGACGGAAAACAUCGCCAAACGAGAAACACCACAUUUAUUUACCAGUGGACAGUGUCAAAAGAGAGGCAGCUAUUACACUUUGGUGACGAGCUAGAGGUUCACUUGCUGUGGCGAAACGAGGCGUACAAUUACUGGGCAGUGGAAUUACCGGCUGCCAGUCCCAUCAGCAACUAUUCGUCUCCCUCCAAAUCGUCCGUCAUCGUCAAUGGAGGCUAUUUGAUCCGAUCAGCAGAGAUCUCCGAAGGCCUUCUUUCUCUGACGGGUGACAUUAAUGCCACCACAGAUAUUGAGCUCGUCUUUGACCCGACCAGUACCGUGGAGACAUUGUCUUUCAAUGGCGUACAAAUAGGAAUCGAGGAAUCCGAUGACGGAAGGCGCACAUCGCAUAUCGAAUAUGUACCGCCGGACCUGGCGCUGCCUGACUUUGCGUCCUUGGAUUGGUAUUACAUUGACUCGCUCCCCGAGAUCCAGACUUCUUAUGACGACUCGGAAUGGGUAACUUGUGAUUAUACUUUGACGAACAAUCCUCAGGAAUUGGUAACACCAACCUCGCUCUAUGCCAGCGACUAUGGGUUCCACUCUGGCUCUCUCAUCUACCGUGGCCACUUUACGGCGAUUGGAAACGAGUCCAGUCUCUACGUGAACAUUACCGGCGGAAGCGGCUUUGGUUACUCGGUCUGGCUCAACAAUGCCCUUCUCUCUUCAUGGGACGGUAGCGGAGUAGCACAGGGCAACUAUACUUUUGAAUCAACCAUUUCUCUCGCUGGCCACUCCCUGUCAGCUGGUUCCCAAAAUGUUCUUACCCUGCUGAUUGACCACAUGGGUCAAGAUGAGGAGGCGCCCGGCACCGAUGGAAUCAAGCUGCCCAUGGGUUUGAUCAAUUACAGCCUAUCCGGCCAUGCACAAUCCGACAUUACCUGGAAGCUGACGGGUAACUUGGGCGGGGAGGAUUACCAAGAUCUAGCGCGCGGGCCGAGGAACGAAGGCGCCAUGUACGCCGAGCGUCAAGGUUACCACCAGCCCGAUCCGCCAGUGGACGACUGGGCCGUGGCUAGCCCAUUCGACGAUGGCGUGCAAGGCGCCGGCGUGGGCUUUUACACGACAACGUUUACCCUCGACGUUCCCGACGGCUAUGAUGUUCCGCUGAGUUUUGUGUUUGCCAAUACCACCACGGCGGCGAAUUACCGGGUACAGUUAUUCGUCAAUGGGUGGCAGUUUGGCAAGUAUGUUGCCAACCUUGGACCACAGACCGUCUAUCCUGUCCCCGAAGGCAUUCUCAACCACAAUGGACUGAACACGGUGGCAAUCACGCUCUGGUCUGUUGAUGGCAGCGGUGCAAAGGUCGACGGGCUCUCGCUCGAGGCAGAGAUGCCUCUCUGGUCGGGGUAUAGAAAGCCAUCGCUUGUAGACAGCCCAGCGUGGACACAGCGUGAUGGAGCUUACUGA